AGAAAGCAAUGAAAAGAAAGAAAGAAAGCAAAGCAAAGUAUGAAAAAGAUAGAAAAGAAAAGAAGACUCUUUUUCUUUCUUUAAAUUAAAAUUUCCUACAUUGUUGCUCUGCUUCUCUCUCUGAUACUGAUCUAACUCUCUCUCAACCUCAGUCUUGAACUUGAAUAGUUUUUUUCUCAUCUGAUCUCAACCUUUCAAGACAAUCUGCUGUUGCUAAUUAGACUCUAAGCUUGAAAUUAAAGAGGUUGGCACAGAUCAAAAUGGCACAACAAACAACUAACGUGAGAUUGAAGCUUUUAAUAGACACAGAAAAAAGAAGUGUUCUUUAUGGUGAAGCAGACAAAGAUUUCAUAGAUUUUCUUUUCAAUCUACUUUCACUUCCACUUGGGGCUGUAAUUAGGUUGUUGACUAAACAACACAUGAUUGGUUGCUUGGGAAACCUAUACGAAAGUAUAGAAACAUUAAACGAGACAUGUUUUAUUAAACCAAGGCAAAGCAAAGAAACCCUAUUGAGACCCAAAGUCUCACUCAAUUGUUCCACCAAGCUUUUGCCUUAUAUUAUUGAUCAAACCUCUAGUAGUUCAAUUGGUGAUAAUGCUCCUAAUUCAAGUACUUGGAGUCAUGGUUGUAGUUCAUUUGGAGCUCAUUCAACUACUUUGAGUGAUAGUUGCAGUUUAUUUGGUGCAGCUUCAAGUACUUCGAGUUUUUGUUUCAGUACUAUUCCUCCUAGUUCAUUCAGUCUUGGUUCUCUUAGUUCGGGAUUUAGUUCUAUUGGCUGUUCAAGUACUCCAAUUGAAAGUGGAAGCACGAGGUGCGAAGCAAGUAGUAGCAGUGGUGGUGGUGGAUUAAAAGUGGGAUUUGUGAAGGGAUUGGCAACUUACAUUGUGAUGGAUGAUCUAACUGUGAAGCAUAUUUCUGACUUCUCCAUAGUUUCCCUUUUUAGAAAGUUCAAUAUCAAGGAUGCAUAUACCUUGGAGGAGAAAGUUAUCACUUUGAAUGUUGAUGAGGGAGUGGAAUUACUAAGGGCGGCUCUGCAGUCAAAGAUGGUUCUCACAGAUGUAUUUCUUAGGAGAGAGCGACAAAUUAUUGAUAAUUAUAAUGAUGAUGAAAGACCAUAAUCACUUAAAUUAGUGCAUUGUGUUUUUUGAUCAAUUUGUUUGAACACUCCUUACUCUAUGAGUCUACUCUCUCUUUCAUGUAAGUUUUUUUUUUUUUUUUUUCCUUUUUUAAUAGUUGAAGGAGAACCAAACUACGUAUGGAACUAAACUAUAGACUUCGAAAUUACUCAAAUACUACUAUGACAAUUAUUAUAGUAGUUAAUGUAAUGUUAUCUUAUUAUUAUUGUUAUCAUAUAA